AUAAUGUACAAAAAGAAGAGAAAAACAACGAGAGGGGAAAACCAAAGAAGGCAGACAUAUCAUCGUCCUCUUCCAUUUUCUUCCACAUACAGGGUCUCUCUCUCUCUCUCUCCAACGCCAACGGCGCCACCGGCGUCUUCCACCUCGCUUCCCCCUGCAUCGUCGACGAAGUUUAAGACCCCGACGACUACGUCGCCGCCGCCCCCACCACCAACACCGAGGGCGUUCGGUUAUAUUUUGGAAGUGAGCUUGAGACGGAUGGAUGAGUUAAGUCCACAUGGCCUUUCUGGAACGGUUUCAUUUUGUCAAACAUUUGCCCAAUGCAGUGGUCGUCCUUCUCACGAUUCCUUGAAACUGGAGAACCUCUCGAUGAUUAUGCCAAAUUUCGCUCCUCAUUAAUGGAAACCUACGCAUCUCUGACUAUGUCUAUUGCCAUUGACACUGAGGUCAUUUUCACUGUUCUCUGUUUAUUUUGUUCCCGUUGGUAACUACAGAAUAGGGCUAACUGAAGAGGUAUUUUUAAUGUUUAUCAAUGUUAAUCCAACCUCCCCCAU